UAAAAUUACAUAUGGUUUAUCAACCAGGCUUUAACAAUCAAUUGUUAACUGUUCUUCAUUAGACAUAUUCAACAUGUCGAAAAGCAAACUUCACCACAAUCAUCAGCACAUCGACAGUGACGUGAUUCCUGUGAAAAGUAAAUUUGACGCUGAUAUCAUAAGGUUUUCUAUAAAGAAAAAUGAACAAAUGCAAUAUGACGAUUUUUGGAGACUACUCGCUGAAAAACAUGAGCUGGGCCAGGAGCAAAAUUUUUUAAUAUGGUACACCGAUCCAACACAUGGUGAUUCACUGCCAAUUAAUAAUGACAAUAAUUUAGCACGUGCAUUAGCAGCAUCAAAACCAUUAGUCAGAGUAUUUAUAACGAGAAAGGGCAGCGGUGUUGAAGAUGUCAAUGGUUAUGGUACCUUGAAGCCGAAGAAUUUGAUUUCAAGUAUAUUGGGUGGCACACCAGGAAAACCAAAGCCACCAUUAGCCAUUUCUAAUCCUCAUGAUUUCCGACAGGUAUCAGCGAUUAUUGACGUUGAUAUUCUCCCGGAGACUUGCAGACGUGUCAGAUUACUGAAACACGGAUCAGAUAAGCCCCUUGGUUUUUACAUAAAGGAUGGCGAGAGUUUUCGAGUUUUACCUUCCUCAGCAGGUGGUGGGAUUGAAAAAGUUCCUGGUGUUUUUAUCAGUCGACUGGUACCUGGUGGAUUGGCUGAAAGUACGGGACUUCUUGCUGUCAAUGAUGAAGUAUUAGAAGUCAAUGGGAUUGAAGUAGCUGGAAAAACAUUGGAUCAGGUAACAGACAUGAUGAUUGCCAAUUCAUCGAAUUUAAUAAUAACGGUGAAGCCGGCAAAUCAACGAGCAGCCAUGGCAGCUCCCAGACGCGGAUCAUUCUCUAGGAAUAGUCAAUUGUCAUCUGGAAGUCAUCAAUCAACCCAAAGUGUCACUGGUAGUGCCAGCGAUGAAGAGGCCGAUGAAAUCGUUGAUUUCACUCACGUACAUCAACCGAAUCACUUCAGUCACGAUCAGACUGGUGUAUUGCGUCUGUAAAAAAAAUCCAUCAUUCACUGGUACACGAUAUAGGGUGAGUAGUAAUUAUUGAAUGCUGUGGAAUCAUUGAUAACACAUUUCCCAUUAUUUCAUUUGAUGAUAAUUAUAUAUUCUCCACGGAAAAUGAUGCCUUUGAAGUGCCUUAAAACACACGAUUUGACAGAACAGGUAGACAAAAAAAAGGGUAGAAAAGACAACCAAAGUGGUUUCGAAAGGAAAAUUAACGAUCAAUAAUAAAUUAUUAUUCUGUGGGCACCUAUACAAAUUUACACUUAUUCUAUUACAGUAGAGUUUCAUGGAAUUGAACGGAUAUAUUCAAUAAAUCAUGUUUACAAUUGUUUUAAAAUGGUCCAAUACAAUGGCAGCAAUUAAAAAGCGAUUAAAAAGUAUUAAGGAUUUCAUAAUUGAGUAGGGAAGUGGUGAAAAGAAAUAAAUUCACUUGUCAAAAGCAAAAAAGGUCCUGAUAAAAAUUUUUCUAUCUCCCCUAGAUGUUGAGAUAUUUAUUAAAAACUGAAUAUGAGUAAGAAUGAACCUAUCUCAUUUUACCACUUUGCUACUGAAUUAUAAAUUAACAUGGUGAGCGAUAGUAUUUAACACGCUCAAAAUAUUUCACGUGUACUUAAGUAGUAUAACCUAUAUUUUUUCUUUAACGUUUGAAAUAUUAUAGUUAUUGAAGAAUUUGUACUUAAUGAUAACGACAAUGGAAUAAUAAUGAAAUGAAUCAGAUGAUGAAUUUCUAUUUAUUUAUUUAUUUACUGCAAUCGGUGUGUGGUACCAUUUAGCAGGGAAAUCCCUGUAUUCUGUGUGUUUCACUUUGGAAAUUAUUGAUCGAUUACAUAAUCUGUUGAGCACACCUAUUCGUGCGCAUGAAUUUAAAGCAGCUGGAUUUGAGUAUGUUAAAGUUGUAUAUUUACAUUCUUUUAUCCUUCAUUUAAUGUUAAAGAUAAACAAGUUUAGUAUAAAUGACGAUUUGUUGGUGGAAACAAUAUUUGUUCCAUAAAUAAUUAAUUGUCCCCUCGUUAUUCACGAGAUUGAUUUCUAUCACACAUAAAAAUUGAUAUUUCUUUCUAAUAAUUUGUUGACAACAGAUGACACUACAAAUUGUAAAAUUGAAAUAUUUUAUGUCAUAUAUUUGUAGAAAUCUUAUUGGUAUAGUACUCUAGGUCCUAUAUUUCUUUAAACCUUUAAUUAGUAUUUUGAAUAAGGAUUUGAAUGACUAAGAUAACUGAUAAAAGUGAAUAAAAAUACAAGUAUUUAAACGACCGAAGCAUUCCAAAAUGUUCCGAAGCCUUAGAGAACUUUCGAUGGUAUGCUUGGAAAAACAGUUUUACAAAUUUAUAUCGACGUUAAGGGUUUACACAAUGAUACAUUUGUAAAUAUAAAAAUGUUAUACCUUUUAAUGCCACCUUAUUUCGAAUAAAGAAUAUUUUAUUUUACAAUAACUCGGUUGAUAUUUACUCAAUAUUUUGCUCAUUUCGUGUUCGGUUUUCCCUGAAAAUUUUUGCAAAAUAAAAAAAGAGCAAUAAAGAAAAGUUCUGUAAUAUAAAAGUUGAAAAAGAUUCAAGAAAACAUAAAUGAGUUUCACAACAUCUUGGAGGACGUUUAUUCAUCGACUAAUUAAUAUCAUUAUACAAUUUUAACACAUUAGUAAGUGUCCAUUGGUGGUGGCUUAGCAUAUUUAUUAGCAGGAUCUCUUUCACCAUCGCAAACUUGUCUGUGGCGCUCGCCACUCAUUAUUACAAGUCUGUGUCUCUGUUUCGUUCGAAAAACACAUUCUUUCAGAUCAGCCAUUAGAACACGACAUUUUCUUUCAGCAUGUUGUGGUCCAUAUGCCUCAAGACAAUCAACAAGCUCUAGUUCACGUAUCGCACAGUCUGGAUGAUUCUGAAAGUUAUGGAGAUUUGAAAAGAUGUCCGUAAUUGGGGUUUUAAUGUGUGGUGGUACUUGGUAAUCCAUUUUUCAAACUUGCCGAGUCAAGGGGACCCUGAAAUUAAGAAGAAAAAAUAAGUGAAGUGUGGAUUUACAAUCUAAAUGUCAGAUCCAAUAAAAUGAUAAAUAACCUAACCUCAAAUGAAGAGAUAUUUCGAAAUUACAUAAUAAAAUGAGAGUGUAAAGUCAUUGUAAAUGGAAAAGAUGGGCUUUGGUUACGAUAUAAAUGUGAUAAUCAAUGUGAAUAAUAUGCCACCUUACUUGCAAAUUAGAUGUAGAAAAAGAGUAAAUAAAUGGCGCUGGGAAUUGUUCAGAGGACCGAUUGAACUUCUAGAAGUAACAAAAUAGUGUCACUUUAAGCUUGUUUCUUGUCUAAAUUAACCACUUAGAUGAUAGAUUAACUGACCAGAUGAGUGUCUUUACUUUCUCGAUGACUUUAAAAUAAUAAUAAUAAUCAUAAUAAUAAAGGGAGAGAUAUAUAGUAGACCUAACCUCUCUGGGUAGAGAUUAUUGUGGUGGUGCAGGAACUAGAGAGAAACACCAAGCUGGCAUUAUCAAUGGUCGAUCAUUGUUUGUCAGUUUGAUCGUCGGUAAAAAAACGUGCGCGGGAGUGUACGAAAACGCCGGGAAAAAAAUGACACAAAAAUUUCGCAUUCUUUCUUACAUUAGAAGAGAUUGGCCAAAAACUGGGCUCAGAGAUGGAUGAAUUUAUCUCGUUGUUCCAUUAUCGCUUAUAAUUUUCGUUGCCGUCCAACAAUAAUAGGAAAUAUCGGCAAAACAUCUUGAAGCCUUUGAUCAUCGAUUGUUUAUCGUCAAUCACGUUACAGCAGAAAUAUCGAAAUCAAUGAAGAUUUUAUGAUACUUGCAAUCUUGGCAAAAAGCAGAGGAACAUUUUCACAUUCCAAGGAAAAAAAAAACAAUUCCUCGCAAGCCUUAAUAUAACUUCUUCGAGUGUUCCACGCCUCGAAUGUUUCAAUAUCAACAAGUAUUUUCGAAGUCGUGGGCGUCCACAAAUCCGUCCAAUCCUAGAUGAAAGCUAAAAAGCCGUUUCACUGAUGUUUUUGGAUGAAUGAGUGGGAGAACGUCUCGAGGUUCCUGGAAGAAUUUCGCAAGUUUAACGCGUCCUUGGCGGCCAGUUGAGUCGAAAGCUCGGCUGUCCAGUGUCGGAAUUAACUACUGCGAAGUUCGAUAGUGAUUAUUCAUCAUUUGAGGUAGAAUAAUUUGCACAAAUGAUUGCGAAGGCAGCGCACGAGACCCAAAAUCUCCUCACGACGUAUCUAAUCCUGCUGGUCCUCCUGAUAUGCUUGUGGGCACUCUAUUCCGGAUUUUAUUAAUCCCCCAGGAGAGGAAUAACGAGGGAAUAAUGACAAUGAAGAAUCAUGACAUGAUGACGAUGAGAGUGCGACUGCAUCGGCCAUGGUGACUCCAGGAGGACCAAUCCAACAUACAGAAACUAGUAUUUGUAUUAAAAAAUUCCAGAAUUUCGUCAAAUUAAUGAUUCUAUCUGUUGUUAUAUUUAUUCAUUCACAUCCUCAUUCAAUGUGAAUUUCAAUUACUUAUGGGCGUGUUUUUGCCGAUUUAGAUUGUUCUAUGGAGUCAAGGGAAAACGCUUACGCAAUUUUUUAUGUUACGUGUUGAAUAUUGAAGAUGGAAAAAAAUGUUGUUGUGAUGACGUUGAUGAUUUUUUAUGGGUUUAUCAAUGAGUAAAGUUUAAUGAAUUCCA